CAAAACAAUCAUGGUUGCCAGUCCGUCUCUUUCAAGACGCAGUUCCAGGGCUCAGGUGACGUCAAAGUCUUCGUCACCCUUAGCCAUGGCAACAAACACAUCAAAAUCCACGAUCCAGCUGCGCUGUGGGUAAAAUCAAUCUCCACGUCAGGAUUUAAGGUUUGCGUUCGCGAGGCAGGAAGUGGCUCAGCAGGUACGUCUGUUAUCAACUGGUUUGCAUUUCAAGGUUCGCAUCAAGGAAUUAAAUCUGGCACCGUGGACUUCGAUGAAUGGGCCACAAGAACACAGUGCAAACGAGUAUCGAUUACUGGUAACCGCAGUAAUGGUUUUAAGAGCAAGCCUCAAAUUUUUAUUACUGUUCAGCAUAAGCAUACGGACAGACCAUAUGAUUCCAUGAAUCUUUGGCUGGAAGAUGUCAAGAAAAACGAGUUUCAUAUCUGUAUGAGAGAGUUAAUGGCAUUUGAUGGCAUCCAUUCAGACCUAAAAGUGCACUGGUUUGCAUACGACACCCUUCCCUCCUACUGGAACUUCACUGAGCGAGGGAAAAUUAAUUUUGCUGGAUUAGGGACUCCAUUAAAGAAAAAUAACUACGCUUUUUGCCAGGAUUUGAAAUUUGAAAAUCCAUUCUACAAGCCGCCUGUUGUCCUGAUAUCCGGAGGUCACGAAAACUCCACCAGUGCGUCGUCGAGUGAUUCAUAUGGUUGUCACAACGCUAUGAACGUAUGGAUGGAGGAGGUCAGCAAAUCGGCGUUUAAGGUUUGUGUCAAGGACAGCCAGGGAAUAAGUAGGAAUCACGAUCCAAUAGCUGUCGACUACACUGUCAUUGGAGACCUUGACCCGUGCAUCAACGUUACAUGCGAAUACUUUGCUGUCUGCAAGGCAUUCGACGCAUUUGACGCCCGCUGUGUGUGCGAAGAAAACUGUCCUUCAUACGAGGAGCCAGUGUGUUCAUCCAACUCUACCACAUUCAAAAACAAGUGUAUCUUUGAACUGGAAAUGUGUAGGCUGAAGAGUAACCAUACUCUGUAUCAUCCUGGAAGCUGCACUGGUUUUCCUGUCCAGCGUGGGCGAGUUGAACUGAAACGAGAUGUUUCCUGGGCUGACACAGCUUGCGAGCUGGUGACCUUCCCACCAUUUUCGUUCUAUCCGGACAAGCAGGUGCACGUUCAGAUCACAACAAAUCACUGGAACUCCACCAGGAAUAAUUUCGUGCACGAAGCCACCGUCUCUUGGGUGGAAAAUGUCAAUUACCAAAAUUUUAAGGUUUGUGUGACGACUGCAGGCAGAAAUGACCGUGGUGCUAAAGAAUUUGCAUUCGUUGACUGGAUGGCUUACCAAGGUGCUCCAGACGGAGGUGUGGCGGGAAAAACACGGAUUCCAGAAUGGUGGACCGGAACGAAAUGCCAAAAGAUUCCAUUACCCAAUGGCAAAUUUGCUGCAAAACCUAUCGUUCUGGCUACAGCAGAUCACGUAAGUUCCGCCUACAAGCACGACGCCGCAAGUCUUUGGAUAGAAAAUGCCACCAGUUCCUCAUUCUAUAUCUGUCUCCGUGAACUGCAAAAUUAUGAUGGUCUCCAUGAAGACAUUUUUGUG